CCGGCGCCCUCAAGCGGUUAUCGGUUGCCUUAAAUGCUUACCUUAUAAUCUUUAUUAUUCGUGAAAAGUAAAUCGUAUAAAUUGUUUUUAAGAUGUCCCGAUACGACUUCUCAGAGCUGCAUCUCGAGGCUGAUAUAUCUCGGCCAGGGGUGGCCAGCUAGGUAAUCUAGGGACUAGUUAACGACGACUUACACGGACUUUGCUCAGUCCUUUAACGAUGAACGACCAACAACCGGUCAAAACCAGUUCGGAUACUGGAGAUGUAGAAUCCGCGAUAAAAGUCGACAGUCCCAAACUCGAAUCCGACAAAAUUAGCAACAGGGGACGCAGCCCUGACGACGUUGGCGUAGUUCUCCAAAAUGACGACCAAACCGGAAGCGGGAGUAUUAGCCCUCCGCAAAUGACCGGAUUACCCUACUACGUGGCGAUGGGAUCCGUUACCCUAGGUGUUCUCUUGAUGGCUCUCAAUAAUACAGCUUUAGGAACCGCCAUCCCCGCAAUCACGGCGGAGUUUAAUACCGUAGAUGAUGUUGGGUGGUAUUCUUCUGCGUCUCUAAUAGCAAAUUGUGUCAUGGUACCGUUCGUUGGGAAGAUAUAUAGGGGCUUCCGGAUCAAGCUCGUAUUUAUUACCUUCAUAGUCAUCUUCGAGAUUGGGUCCUUGGUUGCAGCUCUAUCGACGUCUUCCAUGAUGCUCGUCAUCGCUAGAGCGAUAAGCGGUAUAGGGGGUUCCGGGAUUCUCAACGGUAGUUCUACCAUCGUCGCCGCCACCGUCCCGAUAGCGAAACGGUCGUUUCUAAACGGCAUCAUACUUGGCUGUUUUGCCGUGGGCCAGGCAGCGGGCCCUCUCAUCGGCGGGGCUUUGACCCAGGGGUUAACGUGGCGUUGGUGCUUCUACAUCAAUUUGCCCCUGGGUGGCCUGGUCGUUUUCCUGUUCGUAUUCGUAGUCAAGUUACCUGUAACAAGGCUCUCAGAAAAGAAUACUUCUCUCCUGGAGCGGGUUCUUGAUCUCGAUUUUGUCGGCUUUACCAUCUUUGCCGCAGCGGCUAUAAUGCUCCUGAUCGGUCUGCAAUGGGGCGGCACCAAAUACCCCUGGAAUUCGCCGACCGUCAUUGGACUUAUGUGCGGCGGAGUGGUAGCCUUCGUAGCCGUCGGAUUCUGGUUCGCUUACAAGGGAGACUCGGCCUUGCUGCCGCCCAGGUUACUUCGCAGCCGCGUUAGCAUCAUGAUCACCAUCACCUCGUUCAUGCAAAGCGGCGGGUCCGUCAAUUCUUUAUAUUGGCUGCCAGUCUGGUUCCAGGCGAUCAGAGGCGCAGACGCUCUGCAGAGUGGUAUAAUGCUUCUUCCUAUAAUACUGGCGCAGCUCUUCGCAUCCGUGGUAUGCGGAGCUCUCGUUCAGAGGACGGGCUAUUACCUUCCGGAAGUCGUUGGGGGAAACGCGCUGGUGGCGAUCGGAGCUGGUUUGACCUCGACAUUUUCUUUAGCCACUACCGAUGGGGAAAUUAUAGGAUAUCAGAUCCUCAUGGGAGCAGGUCGUGGUUUUGUCUUACAACUGCUUGUCCUUGCUAUGCAGGCGAACGUGCCGAGAGAAGACGCUUCGAUAGCAUCUGCCUACGCUAUGUUCUCUCAGUUACUUGGGGGCGCCAUCUUUUCGGCUGUCGCGAAGACCGUCUUCACCAGUUCUAUAGGAACAGCUCUUCAAGAGUUUGCUCCCGACGUCGAUCCGAGCUUACUGAUUAACACCGGCGCGACUGAGAUAACUAAAGUUAUCCCCCCGAGCCAGGUAAACGGUGCUCUCCUAGCAUACAAUCAAGCCAUUACCUAUAUAUUUUAUCUUCAACUCGCUGCCGCAAGUUGUGCUUUUCUAACCGGCUGGGGAAUGGGAUGGAAAAAUUUAAAGGAGGUAAAACAAGAGAAAGAAGUUGUAGAAAAGGAUGACGCUUGAGUGGUGAUAUGAGGCUCUGGUAUAAGAUACCCAUUGAUGAUAGAGUAUGGAAGGUUUAAC